AUGGGCAUCCGAAAGCUGGAUUGGGACAGCUGGAUUGAGAUGGACUCCGACUUUCUUCGUUACCAUGACCUCAAAGUCUCCGAGCUGCAGAAAAACCUCGGCGCCCAUGUCCAAUAUGUUGACAACGCGGUGACUAGGGAAGCUUGCUUUGAAGUUCUGGAGGAACUAGCCAAGUACCUGACAGCGCGCUAUCCCAAGAUCUUCCAAUGCAGUGAUGGGAGCUUGGCAAAUACUCUAACCGGGGAAACGUUUGAGUAUCCUGCCACUACUCCUACUGAGGCGUUGACGACUGCAGCUAAGUUGGUGCAGGAUGACCUUGUACUCAUGAUAGAGAACGAUGAUGGGAAUUAUCACCUUGAUGCCGGAGCUGUUUGCUUACCCGGAUUCUGGCGGUUAAGUGAUAAGUUUCGCAUGUCUCUGGACACUCUCCAUAUCGAGACCAAAGUUCCACACUAUCAAGAAAAGCUCCAGAAAUCCAUGAAUCGAUUUUUCAAGACUAUGCGCCCCGAAAACGCCGUUGUUCGCAACAAUUUCUUCAUUCAGCUUGAUGAUGGGCUUCAUUGGUCCCAUCGAAUGGGAGACCAGGACGGCAAGGAUGUGGCUUCUUGGGCAACUGCGAAUUCUGCGGGUGUGACUGUUAAAGACCUUUACUUCCGAUCGGAGCGACAAACUCUCAGACGGCUCCCCCGCUCUGGCGCUCUCAUGUUUACUGUUCGAACUUACUUUGAACCCAUUACUGCUGUUGCCGAAGAGCCUCAUGUUCCGGGACGCUUGGCGGAGGCAAUCGAGCAGUGGGAUGAAACUGUGUCUACGUGGAAGGGCAAACACCACUGGGCUGAUAUUCUGCUCCCUUACCUGCAUGAGCAGGAAAGAUUGCAGAAGGAAUCGGGCUUGCUUAAAAGGGUUGCCGAGGGAGACUAUCCGUUCUAA